CCCUCUCAGUAUUUCAGCAACCAGGAGUACAUCCUGGCUGAUUCGGGCUUUACAGCAUUGUCUGUUGUCGUACCAAUGUUUAAAACGAGUGCUGGCCAAGCGGUUCUUCGAGGUAAAACCGCGUAUUUCAACUCUCGAGCCUCUGUCAUGAGGGUAGGGGUUGAACAUUCGAUAGUGUGUUAA